AUGCCGGGGCUGGUAGGAGAGACUCAAAGCACUUUCGUGAAGGGCAGGAAAAUACAUGAUGGAGCUCUGAUCGCCUGUAAAACGGUGCACUGGAUAAAAUCACGGAAAAAGAGCACCGCGAUAAUAAAGCUGGACUUCAAAAAGGCUUAUGAUAGAGUCAAGUGGGACUUUGUGGAUAUAGUCUUGCAGAAGAUGAGAUUUGGCCAGAGGUGGAGAGGAUGGAUAAAGGAGUGUGUCACCUCUGUAUUUAUGUCGCUGCUUGUCAAUGGAUCACCUUUGAAGCCGUUCAAAAUGGAGCGGGACCUGCGAGAUAGUAUUGAGUUGUCUCACUUGCAGUUUGCGGAUGAUACUAUUCUCUUCUGUCCGCCUGAUGAGGAGACUAUCAGGAAUUAUCAGCGACUACUUAGAUGCUUUGAGCUGAUGUCGGGUUUGACCAUUAAUUUUGAGAAGUCCAACUUGAUUCCGGCUAGCUGUGAAAGGAUGUGGGUCCAGAGAAUGUGUCGGUUAUUGGGUUGUAAGGAGGCUUCAUUACCAGUCAGAUAUCUGGACAUUUUUCUGGGAGCAAAUCCAAGAUUGGUGAAGACAUGA